AUGGUCACGACCGUGUCGGCGCCCGGCAAGGCGCUCGUCGCGGGGGGCUACCUUGUGCUGGACCCUACGUACUUUGGCGUGGUCUUUGCGACGGAUGCACGCUUCUACACGAGUGUCGCUAGCUUUCCCCAGCGCGACACGCCGCGCAUUCGCGUGCGCUCGCCGCAGUUCCUCGAGGCCGAGUGGGUGUACGACGUGGUGCUGCCUGCGAUGGGCUCGGAGGAUGAGCUGACCGAGGGACUCCAGCUCGUGCAGGUCGACGAGAACGGGAAGAACCCGUUUGUGGCGCUCACGCUGCUCUACGCGCUGCACCUCGGCAUCGAGACGCUGGGCGACGCGCUGCGCUCGCAGCUCGGCGGCGGCCUGGAUAUCGUGAUUGCGGGCGACAAUGACUACUACUCGCACCGCGUCGAGGGACAAGCGCCGCAGCUCGCGCAGCUCCAGGCCCUGCCGCCCUUUGCGCCGCAGCACUGCACGCUGAGCAACGUGCACAAGACCGGCCUCGGCUCGAGCGCGGCGAUGACCACGUCGCUCACCGCCGGCGUGCUCUUGCACCUCGGAAUUACCAAGGGCGAGAGCGAGGAUGAGGCGAUGCCACUUGCGUCUCUCGGCCUGAUCCACAACACGGCGCAGCUCGCGCACUGCGCGGCCCAGGGCAAGGUCGGCUCGGGCUUUGACGUGUCGUCGUCCGUGUGGGGCAACCAGCUCUACCGCCGCUUUGACCCGAGUCUGAUCAAGGAUGUGAUGCGCGAAGAGUCCGGCUUCCGAAUCGUCCGCACGCCGACCGAGACUGAAAAGCGGCCGCCGAUCCACCUGCUCCCGGUGCUCGAUCCCCGCAACCCUUUGUGGCAGCCUGCGCCGCAGGACGCCAACGGCGUGCCGACUGCCGUCGAGGGCAUGAUGGAAAUCGCCCGGUCGUCGACGCGCGAGAAUGUCGCGCGCCCGGCGCCGCUCCAGCUCCCCCCCGGCAUCCGCAUGUGCCUCGCAGACGUCGACGCAGGCUCCAACACACCCACGCUGGUCGGCCAAGUGAGCGCGUUCCGUAAGAACAAGCCCGAGUGGGCCGCACAGCUCUACCGCGUGAUUGCAGCGGCGAACCAGUCGCUCGCCGAUGGCCUCCUCGGCCUGCACGUUGCGUGUGCGCGCGACAAGCACGAAUACGCACGCGUGCUCACUGCGCUCGCCCAGCGCUCCUCGUCGGAAUGGGACGCGUACCGGAAAGAGCACCCCUCGCUGACGGCCGACAUGUUUAUCGAUGUGCGCAACUCGAUGCGCUCUGUGCGCGGAGGCAUGCGCGAGCUCGGCGUACGCGCCGGCGCGCCCGUCGAGCCGAUGGAAAUGUCGCGCCUGCUCGACACGACGAUCCGCGACGCAAACGGCAUUCUCGGCGGCGGCGUGCCGGGAGCCGGCGGCUACGACGCCCUCUUUCUUCUUUUCCUGCACCCCGACUCGCUCAGCGCACCGGACGAGCGCGUGUACGCGCCGAGCGACGUGUGUGCGAUCUGGUCCGAGUGGUCCGAGCUCAGCGUCGGCCCGCUGCUCUGCGGCGCGGACCAUCCUGGCGUCGCGGGUACGGACGCGGGCCCUGUGCUCGACGAUAUGGACCCUGCUGUAGCUUCCGUGCUGCGCGACCUGCAGCGCACGCGCGCCGGCCUCCGCGUCGAGCGCCGCGCAGUCGACGGCCUCGAGCCGCUCGUAGCCUCGCUCGGCACCUAG